CGGCUAUUCUCCUGUCAGCAGUGCCUGAGCUACUCCUAUCCUCUAGUGGACGCCAUAGCUCCUGGCCACAUAACAUCUACUGAGUUCCUCCGUGCAAACUGCCAGUUGUUGUUACAGGAAGUCGCGUUCCUGAAGGCUUAGAGUUUGUUUAGGUUUUCUUUCUCGAGUUACGUAGGGAAACGAGAAACAAAUUACAUCAAACAAAGAGAAACGUCAACUUUUAAAACUACGCGUUCGCAAUAUUGUCGGGUUUCUCUCAGCCUGGGGCCUGUCGCGGCUCCGGAUGAGGCUGCGGUGAAGCUCUACGCCAGGGCCCUGUCUCUCUUCACUUUGCGGGCAUGACGGACAAUUUCGAUCGGGCCCCCGGUGCGGGACGGAACCGGGCUAAGCCUAGCAUCACUGGACUCGGAGAGCAGGAGAGCGGCCGGCUUCCGGAUGUCGGAGAGGUAGCAGGUGAAGGAGAAGCCAAGUCGAGCCUGUUCAACCAACAGGAGCCUCUCCGGCAGCCCAGGACGUCCCCCUCACUGGGGGAUAGCAGUGCGAGCGGAGACAGCAGAAGAACAACCAGAGUUCCACACUUGGCUCACAACAACAACAGCGCCGCGGCACUCGCGCCCCAGUUGGCCAGCCCUGCUGCGGUCAGUUCGAAUCUCUCGGUGAACGCACCAGAGUUCUACCCAGCGGGUUAUACCGUGCACUCGGAGGCAGCAGUGUGCGAAGAUGGGUGUGGUGACUUUUACUCGGAACCCAUGCUGACAGAGUUGGUGCAGAGUUUCCUGUCCCACCUCAACGAGUUCCCAGGGUCGUUUGAAUCCGAGAUCGAGCCCUUCACCACGAUGCUGAAUGGGUGGGUCACGACAGAAGAGGCGCUUCACGAACUUGUAGAGCUAAUCUAUCACCAGUCCACAUCUGUCCCCAACUUCUCAUACACGGGUGCUCGCCUGUGCAACCACUUGUCUCAGCACCUCACUAUCAGUCCGCCAAGUGGAAACUUCAGGAAGCUGCUGCUUAUGAGAUGUCAGAAAGAGUACGAGGCAAGAGACAAGGCUGUGAAGGGAGAUGAAAUGACUCGGAAAAGUUUUCAUUCUUAUGUCCUAUUCCUGGGGGAACUGUACCUGAACUUGGAGAUUAAGAGUUCAAAAGGACAAGUAACACGUGCGGACAUACUGCUGAUGGCGCUGCAUGAGCUAUUGGAUGCACUUUUUUCAAACCCUGUGGAUGGGAAUCUCAUCUGUGCUGUGAAACUACUGAAGUUAACGGGUUCAGUUCUGGAAGAUGCCUGGAAAGAGAAAGGGAAGUCAUAUAUGGAAGAUCUUAUGCGGGGAAUCGAAAAUAUUGUCCUGGAUGCAGGGUGUAGUAGGGAUGUGAAGCAGAUGCUGCUGAGGCUGGUGGAGUUGAGAAGCAGUAACUGGGGCAGAGUCCAUGCCGCUGCAGCCUUCAGUGAAGCCACGCCGGAAAAUGAUCCCAACUACUUCAUGAAUGAGCCUACAUUUUACACAGCAGAAGGAAUUCCUUUUACAGCUGCUGAUCCAGAAUACUCUGAAAAGUACCAAGAGAUAAUUGAUCGAGAGGAUUUGCUCACAGAUUUCUUUGAAGAGAAUGGGACAGAGUUUCUUGCAGCGGGUGAAUCGUACAUAGAUGAUGAUGAUGAUGAAAUGGACCCAGAAAUUGAAGAAGCUUUUGAGAAGUUCUGCUUGGAAUCAGAGAAGAAGAGAAAACAGUGAGGAAGGGAGAAGAAGAGAUGUAGACUAGCACUGAUGCCUUCUGUGUUUAUAAUGUGGGAAUAAGUAUAGCAGCUGUAAAAAAAGAAAAAUGUUUAUUAAAGUUUUAGCAGAAUUCUCAAAAAAA